AUGGACUGGGAGUACUUGUCCCCAAUUGACCAAAUUCUUCCUCGCAUGUACUUUGGGGAAAUACUCUGCUUUCCCUGUACAGACGACGCGUUGGUUCCACUGCUGAAGCAAGGGUUGAGCAAAGUUGCCGUCAAUGUCCCACAGAUAACAUCUUUCGUCUUAAACGACGCUUCCCGGCCGGGAAACAUCCGACUUGGCUGCGGACGCGAUACUAUCGACAACAUUCUGGUAUAUCGUGAAAAUGUAUCGCGAGAUAUACCGGACUACGAGAUGCUGAGAAAGGCCUCUUUCCCAAUUUUUCCGGAUUCCUGUCUCUUCUAUCCUCACAUUCCGGAAGUGCCAUUCGCUGCGCCUUGGCCCGUUAUGCGUGCCGAAAUCACGCGGCUUCGUGGAGGCUUUGUGCUCGUGGUCCUUGCUCACCACUGUGUCUUUGACGGUGUUGCCUUAUCAGAACUGCUCGACAUGUGGGCAGCGUCCUGUCGCGAUCCUCUUGGCCAGUCUCCAAAGGUGAGCCAAGACCGGAUGAACAGGAAGGCGAUGCUGGAGAACAACGACUUAGAACAUAGGCGACCUCAGCCCUCUGUGAUCUUCAAAGUAUCCAGUAAAGGGCGAUUUCUUCCCCAGAUCAUGUCUCUACUUCAGCUACCAUUCGGUUCGAUCUUGCCUAAGCCUCUUCAGCCUUCCUGGCCUAUCACCAUGUACCGUCUGCCGUCCUACAAGCUUCGGAAUCUCAAAACUACACUGAACCAACUCUGCUCCGAGUUUGGGGUACAGUUUCUCUCAACAAACGAUGUAGUAUGCGCUCUGGUAUGGAGCUGCGCUACGAUGGCAAUGAAUACCAAGUCUUGGCCUUGGAUUUCGUCGAAUCAUUGCUCGACGGGUGUUUCAGUAAAUGUCCGGUCGAAACUUCAGCCACGCCUCCCGGCCGACUUCCUCGGAUGUGCAAUUGGAAUUGCCUACAUUGAGGUGUCAAGGAGACACCUUUUGGCUGCGGCCACAGGAAAAUCGCUCGAAAUGUUGGCCAGUGUCGCUGCAGCUAUUCGCCGAGGAGUAGAUGGAGUGACGAACAUGAAAAUGAAAGAAAUAAUCGCCUAUGUCGACACUCAGGAGGAUGCGAGCAAGCUACAGUGGCGACCGAAGAGGCUGAACGAGUUCUAUAUCGCUAGCUGGGCGCAUCAUCGAAUAUAUGAUGUUGAAUGGGGUUCCCAGAUUGGCAAAUGUGAGGCGCUGCGAGUCGCUCAAAUGUCCCUUAUGCCGAUGUGUGUGAUACUGCCACCGCGGGAUAAGCUCGGGUCUAUAGACAGUCGACACCGAGAUGUAGAAGUGGCUAUUUCACUUCAAUCUUUCCAUACGAAACGAUUCAGGAAUAUGAAUCUUAUGAAGCAAUUUGCAGAAAUGAUAUAG